GCUUGAUCCAACUUACUUAGGCCUCAUUGUUGUCUUGAAAUUCUUGGUCUUAUUCACUUACCUCCGUACGCCACAUUUCUCCUGUACCCGUUAGAAUAUCCGCUAGAUAUAUCUCACUCCCUGACACGAUAUUAAAGCUCUAAAUAUGUCUGCUGAGGCUGCCGUCGACGCUACAAACCCCGAGAUCGAGCAGAAGAUCGCAGUGGCUAAGGAGAAGAAGGACGCAGGCGAUCAAGCAUUUAAGAGUGGCGAUAUCCAGAAUGCACUCCUUUCAUACCACCAGGCCAUAUUAUAUCUUCAGGGUCUCUAUAAGAAUACGAUGGGACCGGCACCACCAAUAAAUGCAGAGGGUGAGCCGGAGAAACCCAAGACUGAGGCAGAUGAGAUUCUUGAGAAGAUAUACGCCAACAUGGCUCAAUGCCAUAUAAAGAGGAGCAACUGGAAACGUGCAGUAGAGACUGCGGAUAAGGCUCUCGCGAAGAACCCCAAGAAUUCAAAGGUACUGUUUAGAAAAGCAAAGGGUCUGGGCGAACUAGGUCACUUUGAGAAGGCCGAAAAGAUCUUGGAGGAACUUCUAAAGGAAGACUCAUCUGACGCCGCUUCUGUGAAGGCCGAACUCGAACGUCUUCGUGCUCUGGAUAAAGAACGUGAGAAGAAGCAUAACCAGAAAUUCAAAGGCUUCCUCAAUAAGAGCGAGAAAGCAGCGGGCAAAGCUCCAGAAACAUCUUAGUUCUGUUCAUAUUUAGUCACCAGUCUGAUUACUCGAGUCCUUCUUUCGUGCUUUCGUCACUUUCCCCCGUUGCAUAUCAUUAACAUCAUCUUGUACAAUCAUCCUGUCACCAAAGUGUAUCUUAGCUUUCUUUCCGAAUUCAUUGGUUCGUUGACUUCUGUAUUUUUGUGACGCGUUACUCACGCGUCGCACGUG